AUGUCAGAUGGAAAAUGUACAAAAAAUUUCCCUAAAGAUUUCACUAACGAUACAAUCACAAAUGUCGACGGAUAUCCAAUAUAUCGUCGAAGGAGUCCAGAUAAUGGCGGACAAUCAUUUAUUAAAAACAUCAGCAACACAGACAUUGAUAUUGACAAUCGUUGGGUCGUGCCAUAUUCGCCCCUGCUGAGCAAAUCAUACAAUGCUCAUAUUAAUGUUGAGUUCUGCAGUUCUGUGAAGAGCAUCAAAUACAAGUAUGUCCAUAAAGGCAGUGACAUGGCGGUGUUUAUAGUGGAAAAUACCAAUGUGAAUGCUCCUCCAGUAAAUAAAAACGAUGAAAUAACGCUCUACCAAAUAGGUCGGUACAUCAGCUCGAAUGAAGCUGUUUGGCGUAUCUUUGGUUUUCCAAUUCAUGAACGGGAUCCAGCAGUUUUUCAGUUAGCCGUUCAUCUUGAAAAUGGUCAGUGUGUAUAUUUCACGAACGAGACAGCGAUUGAUGGUGCUAUAAAUCCACCAAAAACUACACUCACUGAAUUUUUUGAUUUGUGUAAUCGUGCGGAUGAUUUUGGUGCCUUUGCACGUACUUUACUCUAUUCACAAGUACCACGCUAUUUCACAUGGGCUCAAACAAAACAAUGGAUACCCCGCAAGCAAGGCUCACCAGUUGAUGCAUGCCCCAAUUUAUUCAAAUCAAACGCCUUGGGGCGAGUAUUUACAGUGAAUCCAAGACAGACUGAGUGCUUUUAUCUUCGACUAUUGUUGGUUAAUGUUACUGGCCCAUUGUCAUUUCAAGAUAUACGUAAAGUGAAUGGGCAACAGCAUACAACGUAUAAAGAUGCAUGCCUUGCACUCGGCAAUUGUUGA